AAUAACUCUGCUGGAUCUUGAAACCCGUGGGACCUUCUGGACUGCUCGCUCAUCCUGCUUUCAAACGUGCACAUUUGCUUGGCUAUAUCACCGCGGCCCAUGUUUUCCCACAGACUAGAGCUUCUUCAGUCUGUCCACACUAUGUCUGGUUCAAGAACUCCCAAGGCUUCGGAGUCGGCCGAGGUCAAUCGAAUCAUUCAAGAAUAUCUCCAACACGGCCGAAUGGCUCGAGAGAGAACACGAUUGCGAGAGCAAAAUAUCCUUGACGUGAUCGGCUUGGUGCGUAACCAGAACGACCAGGAUGAAGACCUUCACGAGAAAAGCGUUCAGGAUGCUUCAAGAUCAAUCAUUGAUAGUUUGGUUGAAGCUGGGAUUCUCAGCAGGAUGUCGCGAAGACGGGGAGCUGAGAGAGGGCAACGAGGUCACGAGUCGGAUCAAGACGGUGAGGAUGAAGAGAGGCAGGAGAAGGUACCUGCGAUAGAUACGGAAAGAGACCAGCAAGGCAAGACAAAACGUCCUCGCCGACAAAAUGGUCCUAUCACUAGCUCAACGACAGCCGCAAAACAUUCGAAUUCUGGGCGACCUUCACAACUCAGCUCGGAUCCAGGCUUUGUUGAACAUGACGGAGUCGAUGAACAUCCUGAUGACGAAUAUGUCUUCCCACCAGACGCAAGUCCACUUACUCUGUAUGGUCGAAAUCCUCAGCUUAGACGCAAAACUGCAAAGCAACUCGGCUCGAUGGCACUGUCAAGUAGUGAUAACGAGGUGGAAUCACAUAGCCCACCUGGAAGUCCUUGUCUUAUGGUGACUCCAGCGGGAUCGCCAGGUUCCCAAGCACAAAAUUCAGAAGGCGAGCGCGAUGAUGCUUCACCUGCAUUAAAUGCGCAUCUCGAUGAGAGCAUCAUUCAAGAUGAUGACCUAGUCAGCAACAAUCGAUCCGACCGAGUUGAUACACAAACAAGCGUGAAGUCCAGUCCAUCUGAAAACCCACCCGCGGGCUUGCACGCUACAUGUGGGCACCAAUCCCCUCUUCCCGCUACGAUUGACAUCCCAGAGCUACAGCCGUCUCUUGAUGAUGAGCGGAACGAUGAUAUAGUAAGAUAUUUGCCAGGAUCAAAAAAUGUAGUUCGGGGUUACUAUCGGCUGAAUUGCACUCAUUGCGCAAACUUUCGCCCAGUAGAAAGAUCUAACGCCGUGGAAGAAUUUGCGGAACACUUGAGGGUGGAUCACAAUAUCUCCUUUGCUGAUAAGGAUAGAGCCACUGUAGUACGAGACCACUGUGGCGUAUUUAUUCCUGAUGAAUUGAUGGGGAAGUUGAAGAGACCAGAUACCAGGCUCACAGGUCCAUCUAAGAAUGACAGGCAGCCUGAGAUCAAUCCGUCAGCCAUGAGAGAGCGCCCGCAAACCCAUGAUGUGAGAAAAAAUCGCCAACUUCAGGUAUCUAGACCCAGUCAUUUCCAGCAUGGCUACGAGAAUCUUGGUUAUCAAUACAACCCGUCAAGACCUCAGACAGCAGCAUCCGAAAUCUCGGCAACUGUACUAUCAGAAGCUCGACCCGUCAUGCAAACUCACGCUAGGCCUGGCAACACGGUUCUUGGGAUGAUGAAGGACAUACCUUGGCUCCUUCAAACUCAAACCUCGACGGUUCUUCCCGAGCUACCGGUGACUGUAAGCAAGCAAGCUCCAACACCUGCCAGUAAUUCAAAUGGAGCUAAACGAGCCUCCUCUUCCCCUGAACUUAGCGAGAACAAUUCUUCGAAGCGGUCUCGACAGAGUGGUUCAAGUAAGGCGAGAGAAGACGUUGGCUUAUCCAAAAGAGCUCCAUUGGCCAAGAAGCAAGUUGAGGUGCCUGAAGGAAAUGAAAAUAGUGCAGACGUUCGUGCUAAGCACCCUGACGAGGACAUUGGUGGUGAGAAUCACGGUGAAGUUGAAGCAGGAGAAAUCGUGGAGGACCCUCUGAAUCAUGGCUGAAGGUAGUACUGCGGCUCAAUAGGAGGGGUAUGGGACGCUGUUUUUCGUUCUUUGCAUUUAGUUUUGUGUUUUCGCUUUUUGAUUGUCGUUGAUGUUCGCAGUAUGCUGUCAAGACGUCGAGUCCAGAGAGAAAACAAAGGUUUCU